AUGGCCAACGAAGGCACCGGCAAUUCCAUCUCUGACGUUCUGCCAACCAUGGACUAUCUCUUGCAUCACAUUGAAGCGGCCAAGGAGGCCACUACCAUCCCCCACUUGGCUACAAUGAUGGAGACGACAUGGGCAAAAUUAGCCGACUACUACGAAUUGACGGAAGAUUCGCCAGUCUAUUCAGCAGCGACGGUAUUAAAUCCUUCCCUCAAGUGGGCAUAUAUGGAGAAGACUUGGGACGACAAGAAUGAAUGGAUUGAGAGAGCUAAAGCUCGGGCAGGGAGCUCUGGAGGAGGCAUACAAAUCUACCACUCCCUGCCCUGUUCUUCGACCAGCUUCCGCACAAGAGCCAAGUGCAAGACGACCAAAUGGGUACAAAAUGUGGAUGAAAGAGCAAAAGGCUACGAUUUUCAACAUGGAUGA